UAUGCAUGAGCACAGCUGCACCAAAAGAGAGGAGGCAGAUUUCUUGAGGUUGAUCAGAUGCUAGAAGCAACUGUACUUUGCCACCAUUGAAGUAGUGGGAAGUGCCAGUUCUCUAGUACCAAAGAGAGGGAGCUGUUGUUGGUUACUAUGGUCAUGGGGAAUUCAGUGGACAAAAAGAGACCAGCCUAACACUUUUGGCUAUCCAGGUUCACAAAGUGGGAUUUAAAAAAGGGGUAAUGAAUCAGCUGGAUGCUCCCCGGCCUCUGAACUGGACCAUUCGGAAGCUGUGCCAUGCAGCUUUUCUCCCAUCAGUUCGACUUCUAAAGACACAGAAAUCCUGGAUUGAGAGAGCAUUUAGCAAGAGAGAAUGUGUUCAUAUCAUAGUGAGUGCAAAAGACCACCAUAGGUGCUGCUGCGGACGUCUCAUAGGUCAACAUGUUGGACUGCCUCCAAGCAUCUCAACCUGUCAGAAUGAGAACAGUGACAACCAGUCAGAGAAAUGGUCAAUUAGCAAGCACACGCAGCUCAGCCCUACGGAUGCUUUUGGGACCAUUGAAUUCCAAGGAGGGGGGCACUCAAAUAAAGCUAUGUACGUCCGUGUUUCCUAUGAUACGAAGCCUGACCUCCUAUUGCAUCUGAUGACAAAAGAGUGGCAGCUAGAUCUUCCCAAACUUCUGAUCUCAGUCCAUGGGGGCCUGCAGAACUUUGAACUCCAGCCAAAACUUAAGCAGGUCUUUGGAAAAGGCUUGAUUAAAGCAGCUAUGACAACAGGGGCAUGGAUCUUCACUGGAGGAGUGAACACAGGAGUGAUUCGCCAUGUUGGGGAUGCAUUGAAAGACCAUGCAUCAAAAUCAAGAGGGAAGAUCUGCACCAUCGGCAUCGCUCCCUGGGGUAUAGUGGAAAACCAGGAGGAUCUCAUUGGAAAAGAUGUGGUCAGACCAUACCAGACCAUGUCCAACCCUUUGAGCAAGCUGACCGUGUUAAACAGCAUGCACUCCCACUUCAUACUGGCCGACAAUGGAACGACAGGGAAAUAUGGGGCUGAGGUGAAGCUACGCAGACAGCUGGAGAAGCACAUCUCACUACAGAAGAUUAACACCAGAAUUGGACAAGGGGUUCCGGUGGUUGCUCUUAUUGUGGAAGGAGGUCCUAACGUCAUCUCCAUUGUGCUGGAGUAUCUGAGAGACACUCCUCCUGUGCCUGUGGUUGUCUGUGAUGGCAGUGGGCGUGCUUCUGACAUCCUUGCAUUCGGGCACAAAUACUCUGAGGAUGGAGGGGUCAUCAACGAGUCUCUAAGGGACCAGCUACUGGUCACAAUCCAGAAGACCUUUAACUACAGCCGUACCCAGGCCCAGCACCUCUUCAUAAUACUGAUGGAGUGCAUGAAGAAUAAAGAGCUGAUCACUGUAUUUAGAAUGGGAUCAGAAGGACAUCAAGACAUUGACUUAGCCAUCCUGACAGCUCUUCUGAAAGGAGCCAAUGCUUCAGCGCCAGAUCAGCUGAGCUUAGCCUUGGCAUGGAACAGAGUUGACAUUGCACGGAGUCAGAUCUUUAUUUAUGGACAGCAAUGGCCGGUGGGUUCCUUGGAGCAAUCCAUGCUGGACGCUCUGGUGCUGGACAGAGUGGACUUUGUCAAGCUGCUGAUAGAGAACGGGGUCAGCAUGCAUCGUUUCCUCACCAUCUCCAGACUGGAGGAGCUGUACAACACGAGACACGGUCCAUCAAACACUUUGUACCAUCUUGUCAGAGAUGUCAAAAAGGGGAACCUUCCUCCAGAUUACCGCAUCAGUCUGAUAGACAUCGGCCUUGUGAUUGAGUACUUGAUGGGUGGAGCAUAUCGCUGCAACUACACGAGGAAGAGGUUUAGAACUCUUUAUCACAAUCUCUUUGGGCCCAAGAGGCCGAAAGCUCUAAAACUACUGGGAAUGGAGGAUGACAUGCCUAUGAGAAGAGACAGGCAGAAGACUACCAGGAAGGGAGAAGAGGAGGUUGACAUUGACUUGGAUGACCCUGAGAUCAACCACUUCCCCUUUCCCUUCCAUGAACUCAUGGUGUGGGCUGUGUUGAUGAAGCGGCAAAAGAUGGCUCAGUUCUUCUGGCAGCAUGGUGAGGAGGCCAUGGCCAAGGCCCUGGUGGCAUGCAAGCUGUGCAAAGCCAUGGCACAUGAGGCAUCAGAGAAUGAUAUGGUAGAUGACAUAUCACAGGAGCUGAACUACAAUUCCAGGGAGUUUGGUCAGUUGGCAGUGGAGCUAUUGGACCAGUCCUACAAACAGGAUGAGCAGUUGGCCAUGAAACUGUUGACUUAUGAGCUGAAGAACUGGAGCAAUGCCACCUGUCUCCAGCUGGCUGUGGCAGCCAAGCACAGGGACUUCAUCGCCCACACCUGCAGCCAGAUGCUGCUCACAGAUAUGUGGAUGGGGAGACUGCGCAUGAGGAAAAACUCUGGACUGAAGGUCAUCCUUGGACUGUUGUUGCCACCCUCAAUCCUGAACCUGGAGUUCAAGAACAAGGAUGAAAUGUCAUACGUGCCCCAGGAUCAAGAGGCCUACCUUCAGGAGAAGGAGACAGAGGAGACGGAGAAGCCAGUGAAGGAGAAGGAAGAAGAGGACAUGGAGUUCACAGCAAUGCUGGGAAAAGUAAAUAAGGAAUCUUCCCGAAAAAAAGUUGUAGAGGACGUCCAGAGCAGGCAAAGGCUAAUACCCUUUGGAAGAAAAAUCUACGAGUUUUACAAUGCUCCCAUUGUCAAGUUUUGUUUUCACACUAUGGCAUAUGUUGGCUACUUGAUGCUGUACAACUACAUUGUUCUUGUGAAAAUGGACGUUUGGCCUUCUUCUCAGGAGUGGAUUGUUAUCGCCUACAUCUUUACACUGGGAAUAGAGAAGAUGAGAGAGAUCCUCAUGUCUGAGCCUGGGAAGCUGUUGCAGAAAGUGAAGGUGUGGCUACAGGAGUACUGGAACAUCACUGACCUCAUGGCUAUUCUUCUAUUCUCUGUGGGGAUGGUGCUGCGACUACAAGAACCCCCUUUCAUGAGCUAUGGUAGAGUCAUCUACUGUGUCAACAUCAUUUACUGGUACAUUCGGCUGCUGGACAUUUUUGGAGUCAAUAAGUAUUUGGGUCCCUAUGUCAUGAUGAUAGGAAAGAUGAUGAUCGAUAUGAUGUAUUUUGUCAUAAUUAUGCUUGUGGUCUUGAUGAGUUUUGGAGUUGCACGGCAAGCAAUUCUCAAUCCCAACGAGGACCCCUCCUGGAUGCUAGCAAGGAAUAUAUUCUACAUGCCUUACUGGAUGAUCUAUGGAGAAGUGUUUGCAGACCAGAUAGACCGUAAGCCAUGCAUUGCAUUCAACACCAUGUCUGCAGCUCCAUGUGGACAGAACAUAACUAGUGAGGAUGGUAGUAUAGUAGAGCUGCCUCCCUGUAAAACAGGAGCAUGGAUCGUUCCAGCCAUCAUGGCAUGUUACCUCUUAGUGGCAAAUAUCCUUUUGGUUAACCUUCUAAUAGCUGUGUUCAACAAUACCUUUUUUGAAGUCAAAUCCAUAUCCAAUCAAGUGUGGAAGUUUCAGAGGUACCAGCUCAUCAUGACGUUCCACGAAAGGCCUGUUUUGCCCCCCCCGCUGAUCAUCUUCAGUCACAUGACAAUGGUGUGCCAGCAUCUGUGCUGUCGCUGGAGGAAGCAUGAGGAUCAAGACGAGAGGGAUUAUGGACUGAAAUUGUUCAUCACAGAGGACGAACUCAAGAAAGUGCAUGACUUUGAAGAGCAGUGUAUUGAGGAGUACUUCAGAGAAAAGGACGACCGGUUUAACUCUUCAAAUGAUGAAAGAAUCAGAGUCACGUCUGAGAGAGUUGAGAACAUGGCCAUGCGUUUAGAAGAGGUCAACGAACGUGAACACUUCAUGAAGGCCUCCCUUCAGACAGUGGACACACGGCUCGCUCAGAUGGAGGAGAUAAUUGGGCGCAUGGCAACAGCCCUGGAAAAAGUGGCUGGUGUCGAAAGAGGUGAAAUCAACAAAACAAGGUCGAGAACUUCCUCAGAUUGCACUGACACAGCUUACAUUAUCAGACAGAGCAGCUUCAACAGCCAAGAAGGAAAUUCCUACAAAAUCCAGGAAACCACUGAACAAGCCGGAGAGGAAUCCAUGUCUCCCACCUCACCCACUAUCAUGCCUCGCAUGAGAAGCCACUCAUUCUAUGCUGUGGGCACUAAAGACAGGAGCCGUGUGGAGAAAAUAGGCUGUUUUAAAGAGAGAUCCUUAAGCUUACACAGAGCUAACAGCUCACAGUCGAUAGCUGCUCAGAAAGAACCAAGGCAGAUACCACUGCCUAUAAACACACUGGCUGUCACCGAUGACUCCAAAAGGCCUUCUUCUUGCAUAGACAUUUAUGUCUCAUCUUCAGAUGAGUUCCACCCCACACAAGAAGCUGAGGAUGGCGAAAUGAAGGUCUCAAUUAAUAGGGAUCCAUCUUUGCACUCAGAAAUCAUGGCUGCAGUUUUGGGUAGCCAGAGCUACAGCACAGCAGCUGACAAAUGCUCUGAGGGGACUGGGAUUUUUGAAGAUAGUGCUGCGUUGGACCUGUCAAUGUGCCUCUCUGGUUCUUCUCAUGUCACAGAGAGUCAGCAGCAGUGGAAUUUAGAUCCGCCUCAACAUCUAGAGCGGUCGAAAAGUAGCCGGUACCUUUCUGCAUCGCCAUUGUACCUUGAUGACAUGUCAAUGGUGAAAUCCCACAGUUUAAUGUUCACUCCUACCAGAGGGUAUUAUGGUGGCAUUAGCGUUCAGGUCAAAGCAGCAGAGUACACCAGUAUUACUGACUGUAUAGAUACCCGGUGUGUCUCUACUUCUCAGAGCUGUGCAGAGCGCUCUGCCUCCCCUGGCGGGUCUUUCUGCGAGAAACCCGAAGAUCUGGGUAUUUCUCACCCAGAGAGGGAAGCAGAGUUAACUCAUCCAGGUUCAGACACUGAGGACACUGAAGGUGACCCCAAGAAAAGGAUUCUAUUGGGCUGCCAGGGAUCUUCUGUAACUGGCACCCUGUCCAGGCUGGAGCGAGUAAAUAGCUGCUCAAUGGAAGAUCCACACCGGAUGAACACACACACAAAGAAAAGCUUUUCUAUCAGUGAUAAACUGGACCGGCAAAGAAACUCCCGAAAUCCCUUCCUAAGGAGCAAGUCAGCAAAGCCAGAAGGGAAGACAGACAGUUUAUCAAUGAGAAAGCUGACAAAGAUGUCAGCUUUCCGUAGUUUUGACAGUAGGCAGAAUUUUACAUAACAACUUCUACCGAGUGCUUCCCUACAUGCUCUCUAAUUCUGCAGUAUGGGAUUAAAUAAUUUGAUAUCCACUCUUUAGGUGUAUUAGCUUGAUGUGUCAUCAAAUACUUUUUAUC